AUGGCAGCUGCAGCCUCAUCGGCUGGCGCUGCCAUUUCAUCGAUGAUAACAUUGAUGAGAAAGCAAAGUUUCCGCGGUGACUUUGUUCCAUUAAUGGAUUACAAUCAAGAAGACACUUCGGGUGGAAAUCUCGAGUGGAUGAACAAACCAGUUGUUACAUAUAUUUAUCGCUUAACUGGUCUGUUAAGUUUUAUUUCAACCUGUAUGAACACACCGAAAACAUUCGAAUAUCAUCCUUCACUUCGAUAUGUGACAUUCGUUAUCGAUAUCGUUUGUGUAAUCAUAUUGACAAUCGAAGCAGUUGCCAAAAUGAAAGCACGAGGAAUCAUCGUCGGAGAUUCCGCUUAUCUUCGUGAUCGAUGGAAUCAUUUCGAAGCAAUUAUGGUUUUAUGUAUUUAUUGUUCUAUUACAUUACAAACUUUAGAAUUAAUUGGUAUUGUGAAUAGAUAUACAUAUUAUACAAUUAUUCGUGCACCACGUCCGUUUAUUCUAAUUAAAGUCUUAAAAACAUAUCUGAAAUUUGAAUUACCCAAGAGCCAGAUUAAAUCUAUUCUCCAACGUUCGAGUUCUCAAAUAUACAAUGUUACGAUGUUUUUCCUAUUCUUCAUGAGUUUAUACGGCAUCUUAGGUGUUCAGUUUUUCGGUGCACUCACAUUCCACUGUGUUCGAAAUGGCACUGAUUUGAAUAAUGUUACAAAGUAUGACUUGAUGAUACCAGACACUUAUUGUUCACCGACACGUGAUGGAUUUCAAUGUCCGGAAAAUUUUCUUUGUAAAAAGAUCGAUCUUUCUCGUCAUCAACGUGGCUACAAUGGUUUCGAUGAGAUAGCGACAAGUAUUUUUUCUGUCUAUGAAUCAUCGAGUCAGGAAGGUUGGGUAUUUUUGAUGUACCGUGCAAUUGACAGUCUUCCAUCAUGGCGUGCUUUCUUUUAUUUUAUCACAUUAAUCUUUUUUCUUGCUUGGUUGGUCAGAAAUGUGUUUAUUGCCGUUAUUAUCGAGACGUUCGCUGAAAUUCGUGUUCAAUUCCAACAAAUGUGGGGUGCACGUGCAGCACCAUCUGAUAUUGCGGCAACGAAAGUGCUUCAAAAAACAGAGGAUAGUACUUUAAAAUUAGUGAGUAUCGAUGAGAACAAGAAGAAAGGUUUUGCACCGGCAUUUUGUACGAAAAUGGUUCAAUCACCGAUAUUCACGACUGUAGUGAUGGUUGUUGUUCUUGCUAAUACGUUCUUUACUGCAAGUAUUAGGCAUACGCAUAAUGAAGCGAUCGAUCGACGAAAUCGCGAGAUCUAUUAUCAGAUUGAAAUUCUAUUCACAUUGUUCUUCGAUUUGGAAGCACUUUUCAAAAUAUUCUCACUUGGCUUUAAAAAUUACAUUGAACGAUCGAUAUUUAAAUUUGAGUUCAUGCUCGCCGUGGGAACAACUCUGCAUUGUCUACCGCCAUUCUAUCGAAGUGCAUUUACAUCCUUUCAAGUCCUUCGUGUUGCUCGACUACUUAAAUCAAGUCCACUGCUCGAAGACUUUUUAAAUAAAAUCUUCGGACCAGGGAAGAAAUUGGGCAGUUUAAUUUUGUUCACCAUGUGUUUACUCUUGAUAACUUCAUCGAUUAGUAUGCAAUUAUUUUGUUUUCUUCAAAAUCUCAAACAAUUCGAAACAUUUCCUCGAGCAUUAAUAGCAAUGUUUCAAGUUUUAACACAAAAAGGAUGGGUUGAUGUGAUGCACUUCACAAUGUUAUAUAGCAUACAAGAUGUUGCACCAUUUGUUGCUAUAUAUUUUAUUGUUUACCAUCUUGCAAUUAAUCUGAUUGUUUUGUCACUUUUCGUGGCCGUUAUUUUGGACAAUCUUGAAUUGGAAGAAGAUGUCAAAAUGGUGAAACAGCUGAAAACACGCGAAGCAAGUGCGGAAACUCAACAAAAACUACCAUGGCGUCUUCGUAUCUUCGAACGUUUUCCUGAUCAUCCACAGAUGAUUGAACUUUCACGUUUACCACAUGAAUUUAUCAUUCCGAAAAUUCGUGACAGUUUCAUGCGUCAAUUUCUUGACCAAGAUGAUAUCUAUUCACUUCCAUUGGAACUUUCGAUGAACAUGUACAGCCGAAAACAUGUUGUCAAAACGUUACAUCUACCUGAACAUCGACCAACCGGUGAAAGUAUGAAACGAAUUGCAGUCUCCAAUAUCAUCCGAAACGUAAAUGGUCAACGCUUAUUGAGUGGAGAUGCGAGUCAAGUGCAUUUAGCGGGUAUUAUUGAUAAUAAAUUAUCGACAUAUGUUCAACAAAAUAAAAUACGGCUAGAUCGAAAAAAUUCUAUACGACGAUCAGGAUUCCGGCCUAAGCCUGUUCAUGCUGUACGUGAAAAUGGUGAUAUAAGUGCAUUGCAAGGUCGAAUGCAAGAUGAUUACGAUAUCAAAGUUUUUCAAUAUCGACAACAACAGGCAGAAUUGAAACGAAAUCAACAAGAAGAAGAUCUUCGCGAGAAUCAUCCGUUCUUCGAUACGCCUCUGUUUGCUAUCUCUCGCGAAAGUAAUUUUCGAAAAUUUUGUCAGCUGGUCGUCGAAGCUCGUUAUGAUAGUAAUGCCAAAGAUCGUCUCGGUCAAGAGUCGAAAAUCAGUCGCUAUAAACAAGGACAUAAAUUUCUUGAUCUCGUCACCUAUCUCGAUUGGCUGAUGAUCAUUGUGACUAUCAUCUCAUCUGUUAGCAUGUCAUUUGAAACACCGUUUAAUCGAAUUGUUGAUCAUCCAUUCUUACAAAUAGCGGAAUAUAUCUUCGUCAUCUGUAUGAGUGUUGAAUUAACAUUAAAAAUCUUCGCACACGGGCUAUUCUUUACACCGAAAGCGUUAUGUCGCGAUGUCACUGGUACUAUUGAAGUGGCAAUCUUUUUUGUCAGUUUGAUCUUUCUCUGUUGGUUACCACGACAUGUUCCAGCAAAUAGUUUUUCUCAGAUGCUAAUGCUUCUUCGAUCGGCAAGACCUUUGAGAAUUAUUAUUCUCGUACCAGAUAUGAGAAAAGUUGUUUAUGAAGUUUGCCGAGGAUUUAAAGAAAUUCUACUGGUUUCAAUUCUUCUCGUUAUGUUAAUCUUCAUAUUCGCUAUCUACGGUAUUCAAACAAUCGGUGGUCAAUUGGCACGCUGUAAUGAUCGAACAUAUUAUAAAGAACAAAAAUUAUGUCAUGGAACAUUCUGGAGAGAACUUUUCGUAUCGAAAAUGAAUGUUAGUGGAGCUGAUCCACUUAUGCUAGUACCAAGAGUUUGGGCUAAUCCACAUAAUUUUGAUUUCGAUUAUAUUGGUAGUGCUAUGUUAGCCUUAUUCGAAGUUUUGUCAUUGGAAGGGUGGCUAGAAAUUCGAGAUAUUAUUAUGGAUCGUAUGGGACCUCAACAUACUAUUUUUGUGCAUAUUUUUGUAUUCAUUGGCACACUUAUUGGCUUAACAUUAUUCGUGGGUGUCGUCAUUGCAAAUUAUUCUGAAAACAAGGGUACAGCCCUACUGACAGUUGAUCAACGUCGUUGGUUAGAUUUAAAGGGCCGUAUAAAACUCGUUCAACCAUUACGUACUCCUCCUCGGCCAGAGAAUAGCAAAUUUCGUUCUUAUGUCUUUGAUAUCACUCAAAGUAAAUUGUUCAAGAAGUCGUCUGCAGUCUUAGUUCUACUCAAUUGCGCAUUGCUCUAUAAACCGUGGAAACCCAAAGAACGAAUUACUCAAAUCUCAGCAUUCAUAUCCACUAUAUUUACAUUUCUAUUUUUGGUCGAAGCUGUUAUGAAAUGCAUUGCAUUAGGCAUUGUUGGCUAUUGGCAAUCACGUCGAAAUCGAUUUGAUUUGUUAGUAACAAUAUUAGGAAUUGCUUGGAUUGUACUGAAUAUUGUUUCAAUAGGAAAAAAUGAUUUGCAAGAGUUUAGUAAUACAUUCGGAUUUACUGUCAUUAUUCUUCGAUUUUUCACAAUUGCUGGUAAACAUGCUACACUAAAAAUGCUGAUGUUAACCAUUAUUGUCUCAUUUUUCAAAUCAUUCUUUAUUAUCCUCGCCAUGUUUCUCUUGAUGUUGGUCUAUGCAUUCGCAGGUGUCAUCCUAUUCGGUUGUGUCAAAUUCGGUCCUGAACUUGGCCGACAUGCAAAUUUUCGAACUGUACCCAACGCUAUUGUUCUUCUCAUGCGUAUCGUAACCGGAGAAGAUUGGAACAAGAUUAUGCAUGAUUGUAUGGUUGUUCCGCCACGAUGUACACGUGGUGCAUCAUUCUGGGAAAGUGAUUGUGGAAAUUCAACCGCCUCGAUAUUGUAUUUCUGUUCAUUCUACAUCAUCAUUACUUACAUUGUGCUGAAUCUUCUUGUCGCCAUUAUCAUGGAGAACUUUUCCUUGUUUUAUUCGAACGAAGAAGAUGCUUUGCUUAGCUAUUCUGAUAUACGACACUUUCAAACUGUAUGGAAUAUGAUUGAUACUGGGCGAAAAGGUGCUAUACCAGCUCGACGAGUGAAAUUCUUAUUACGACUACUACGAGGAAGAUUAGAAGUUGACGCCGAGAAGUUGUAUCGACACAUGUGUUAUGAGAUCGAAAAAUUGAAUAACGGAAGUGACGUGACAUUUCACGAUGUACUCAAUAUGUUAGCUUACCGUUCGGUUGAUAUCCGUAAAUCAUUACAAUUUGAGGAGUUAUUAGCACGUGAAGAAUUGGAAUAUUUCAUCGAAGAAGAAGUUGCGAAAAUAACCAUUCGAAAUUGGCUUAAUCGGUGUUUGAAACGCAUAAAAACCAAAGAUCAAACUACUGUCAUCAAGAAUCUACAACGCAGCAAUGAAUUAGCAUUUUUCCGCGAAGCACAGGCAGUCACAACGACGGAUUUGUUGAAAAAGACUUCAACCACAGGUAGUCAAGGUAGUGACGAAGCACGAUACAAAAACUCCGAAGAUCGGCCACAGCCAUUACAAAAGGAAUUAUCGAAAAGAAAGCUUGACCGAACAACAACUUUGCCAACGCCAUCCAUCGACACUAAUAAUUCCAAUUAUCGGACACAUUCAAGUACACGUGACAUUCCAAGUGAAAUGAAAGGCCCAAAACGACAUGGCCAGCAACCGUUACAUCAAAACAUUAGUUUAACUCUAAGCAGUGAUGAGUCGUAUCCAUGGCGUUCUUGGCAAGCAGGUCAUUUCAGCGAUGGACGAAAAGAUAUCGAAACAUGAGCUUUAGAAUUUAAUACAAUGUCCGCCGAACAAAAAACCUCAGUAUCUGUUGCAUCGAAUGGCGAACAAUCAAAUGAAGGAAAAGAGGAACCUGAAACGCCCACAGAGAUGAUUGUGAUCGAUCCUGAUGCAACGCUUGUUGAACUAACAGCUUGUCGUCUUCGCGCUAUCGAAGGACUUGAUGAUUUAACGAAAGUUGAAAAUUUAAACAUGCGUCAGAAUUUAAUCGAGAAAAUCGAAAACAUUGGACAAUUAACAACGUUGAAGCAAAUCGAUUUAUACGAUAACCAUAUUACGCAUGUUGAAGGCUUAGAAUCUUUAGUUCAAUUGAAACAUGUUGAUCUGUCAUUCAAUAAGAUUUCUAAAAUCGAGAAUUUAUCAACCUUAGUGAAUAUCGAAGCCUUGUACAUGGUUCAUAAUCAAAUACGAACAGUAGAGAACCUCUCUGCAUUGGUCAACUUACGUGUCUUAGAAUUAGGUGAUAAUCGAAUCAAAAAAAUUGAAAAUUUAGAAACACUUGUUCAACUUGAAGAGCUUCAUCUAGGCAAGAAUAAGAUCGAAAAAAUCGAAAAUCUACAAACAUUAACACGUUUACGCAUACUCGGCCUGGGUGCGAAUCGCAUCUCAAAAAUCGAAGGUCUAGACGCGUUAACUCAAUUAAAAGAACUGUACUUAUCAGAAAAUCGCAUAAAAACCAUCGAAAAUCUUAGUGCCAAUCUCCAAUUAGUCGUUCUCGAUGUUUCCAAGAACCAAAUCGAACAUUUGGAUAAUCUUCAAUCCUUAACGAACCUUUCGGAAUUAUGGUUUAAUGAUAACCAAAUAAAGACCAUUGAUGAGCUAGACAAACUCGUUCCAAUGGAGAAAUUACAAUGCAUUUAUGUUCAUGACAAUCCCGCUUUCGAUCGCGAGGAUAACUAUCGAGCUAAAGUUUUAUUGCAGUUGAAACAAUUAAUACAAUUGAAUGCGACGGAAACGCGACGAGCUGCACCUGUGACAUUGAAUUGA